AUGUGUCUUGACCCCAAUUGCGAGGCUCGAACUGGGCUGCACUACAUGUGGAACGCGCAGCAGUACCUGUCGAAUGCACAAAAAGAGCUGGUUUCCAUACAUCAUGAGCGUUGCCGUGUAAAUGAAGAACACUGGGACAUUUUCCGUCUGCCCAUUGUGCUUCCGGCUCACGAUGUCAGCCGAGAGUGUCGAAGCAGAUAUUAUCGUGCUCUGGGUCUGGCGACUCGGACGCACCAUCUCGAACAGCGCGAGCGUUUGGAGGAAUCAAUGAAAUCUCAGCCAUCGCAACCGAAUCGGAGAUGGGACCACAAGGGCAGCCCCGAAAGCGCCGCAGAACAAACGACGCGUAAACUUUCUAGCCUUUGUUUGCACCUGCUGGUCGCGUAG